UGUAGUUUAGGAAACGGAGGAGCUUGAAAGAUGCAAGAACUGUCCACUUGAAGAGCUCCUUCAAAGUUCAAAGAUCCAAGAACUCUCCACCAGAGGAGCUCCUCCGUAUAUCCAAUCUUCUUCUCCAGUGGCUCGUCCUCGGCGGCCACAUGACUUCACGCCGCCCGUCUCCCUCCUCCUCUGCGUCCUCUUCCUCCUCGGAUACUGUUGCGACCGAGGUAAGUUCGGCCGCGCCGACGCAUGGACUCCGUCGGAAUCGGCGGAGGAGCCUUCGCCCUAGGGUUCCUGGCGCCGGAGCUUCCUCCUCUGUUGUCCAGGACUGCGAGACCCACGCCGAGUCUUCCUUUCCGCGUCGUCCCAAGCGCCGCAUCGACGGCGACGCGGAGGCCGUCUGCAGCUCCUCGGAAGAAAGAAUAGAAGAAGCCGCCUGGUCCCUCUUGUUCCUCGCCGACGCCUUCUGGUCAAGAUCCGAGGCUGAGGACGAUGGCCAGCUGGCGGCGUCCAGCGACAGGCAGAAGAGGGUGCGCACGGAUGCCAUUGCCGCCGAUCGCGAUGCGAGGCGCUUCCAAUGCCCCCACUGCGACCGCGUCUUCUUAUCUGGCCAGGGCCUCGGCGGCCACAUAAGAAUUCACCGGCCCACCUCUGCCGCGUGCUCCAUUGCUGACUCCCCUGCUGCUCCUCCUCCUCCUCCUCCUCCUCCUCCUCCUCGCAGUGUGUCUUCCUUCGCCUCCAACCACGGCCGCACCGACCUCAAUCGCCCCUCCAAGCGGUCGCCGUCGUCGGAGGAGGAGGAGGCAUGAGAGUCCAACCACACAGCGUCAUCGAAGAUUCUCGAGAACACCACACCACCAAGAUUCACGUAAAGAUCUCAUCUUUCCCACUUGGCCGCAUGGAAACCGAAUCCAACUCCAUUGAUCUUGCAGUCAAGUCCCCGUUUUGAUGCAAUUGGAUCAUCAGAAACAAUUGCACACUGUAACACCACAUGAAGAAGCAACAUAAAGAACGACUCCUAUCUAUCCAUGGCGACAUACAACAAUUGCACAUAACUUUGUGACAUGGUAUGAAUUCUAAUGCUGUUCUAUCUUUAGCAAUGACACAAU